AUGUCGCCGAUUGAAUCUUGCAACAUCGAUGACAACAAACGAGUUAUUUAUCUCCCUCAUCAUGGCGUGGUAAAGGAAACGAGCUCUACCACGAAAUUGCGCGUAGUAUUCGAUGCCUCCAGUAAGAGUAGCACAGGUCUUUCAUUGAAUGACGUUUUAAUGACUGGUCCGAUUUUGCAAGAUACUUUAAUACAAAUAAUUAUGAGAUUCCGAUUUUAUAACGUGGCUGUUACAGGCGAUCUGGAAAAAAUGUAUCGACAAGUGUCGGUUCGUGACAGCGACAGAGAUUGUCAGAGGAUCUUGUGGCGCUUUUCCAUGAACGAGCCGAUUAAAGAAUAUCAAUUAAAUACAGUGACUUAUGGUCAAGCUAGUGCUUCCUAUUUGGCCAUUCGGAGCGUACGUCAAUUGGCGGAGGAAAACAGGGACACCUUUCCAUUGGCCGCCGAGUGCGUUUUAAACGACAUGUACGUUGACGAUAUCAUUAGCGGUGCUCCAUCUAUGGAGGAGGCCAGGAGACUAAAGGAUCAAUUAAUUGAUCUAAUGAGCAAGGCCUGUUUCCGCGUGCAUAAGUGGCAUUCCAACGUAUCAGAGGUGGUGCACGGUUCAGACGAUGAGGAGAAUCCAGAAACAGUAAGAUUGAAGCUCAACGAUACCAUACGGACGCUAGGGUUAAUCUGGGAACCAAACACUGACGAUUUUAUAUUCACGGUCGAUUUUCACAAGCAAAUUCACACCAAAAGGGAAUUAUUGUCUGAGAUCAGCAAACUAUUUGACCCUUUAGGGUUAUUGGGUCCUGUCAUAACGUUGGCUAAGAUAUUGAUGCAGGAGACAUGGAAGGCAGGAGUUGACUGGGAUUCCCCGCUACCAGAUAGCGUAUUGC